UGCCAUGCCUACGGUCGGCAUAUUACGAGAUCCGCUCUUUGAGGCCCUCGGCCGCUCGUACACGGAGGACGAGUUCCAGGAGCUCUGCUUCGAGUUUGGCAUCGAGCUGGACGACGUGGAGGAGGAGGAGGACGCGGGAACAAAGACGCGCGGCGCUGCGUCCGGCGAGAAGGUGGUCACCUACAAGAUCGAGGUGCCGGCCAACCGGUACGACAUCCUGUGCCUCGAAGGGAUGAAGCGGGCGCUGCGUGUCUUCCUCGGCCUCGACAGCCCUCCGACGUACACGCUCUCGCCGCCUGAGCCGCAGCUGCGCAUCACCGUCGAGCCGCCGACGGCCGGCAUCCGUCCGUACGUGCUCUGCGCGGUGCUGCGCGGCUGCACGCUCGGCCAGCGGGCGUACAACUCGUUCCUCGACCUGCAGGACCGGCUGCACCACAACAUCGCGCGGAGGCGGACGCUCGUCGCCAUCGGCACGCACGACCUCGACAAGCUGUCUCCGCCGUUCCGCUACACGGCCCGGCCGCCAAAGGACAUCCGGUUCGUGCCUCUGGCGCAGGAGAAGGAGUUUGACGCUGAGGAGCUCUUCGCCUUCUACAACGACCCGACGCGCAACUCGCCGCUCAAGAAGUUCCUCCCCAUCCUCGCCGGCGCCUCCCACUACCCCGUGCUCUACGACUCGCAGGAUCGCGUCCUCUCGCUGCCUCCGAUCAUCAACGGGGAGCACUCGCGCAUCUCGCCGCAGACGCGGAACGUCUUCAUCGAGUGCACGUGCACGGACCUGACAAAGGGGAAGCAGGUGCUCAACACCAUCGUCGCCAUGUUCUCCGAGUACGCCUCCACCCCCUUCGCCGUCGAGCCCGUCGCUGUUCAGUACCCCGCCGGCCCCUCCCACCCCAAGCUCGCCGGCCAGACGGUCCUCACGCCCGACCUCUCCGAACGGGUGGUAAGUGCGGGGGUGGGAUACAUCCAGCGCGCGGUCGGGCUCGGCGCCGACGCGCUGCCCGCCGAGGCGAUCCCGCCGCUGCUGCGCAAGAUGAUGCUCGACGCGUCGCUCGUCGACGGCGGCGAGUCUGUCUCUGUGCGCGUGCCCAUCACGCGGCCGGACGUGAUGCACGCUUGCGACGUGAUGGAGGACGUCGCGGUGGCGUACUCGUUCAACAAGCUGCCGCGCCCGCUGCCGCCCGUCUGCUGCAUGGGGUCGCAGCAGCCCGUGACUAAGCUCACAGAGCUGAUGCGGAUCGAGCUCGCGCAGAUGGGCUUCACAGAGGCGCUCUCCUUCGCGCUCUGCUCGAGCGACGACUGCUUCUCCAAGCUGCGCCGCGAGGAGGGGGGCGCCAACCGCGCCGUCGUCAUCUCCAACCCCAAGACGGAGGAGUUUCAGGUCUGCCGCACGUCGCUGUUGCCCGGCCUGCUCAAGACGCUGGGCAAGAACAAGUCCAACCCGCUGCCGUGGAAGCUCUUCGAGGCCGCAGACGUCGUCCUGGUCGACGACGAGUCCGACGUCGGCGCCUCGAACCAGCGCCGGCUGGCGAUGGUGUACACCGGCGCGGACGGGUCGGGCUUCGAGGUGCUGCACGGCGCCGUCGAGCGCUCGCUCCUCAUGCUGGGCCCAAAGGCGUCGGGCUUCUCCAUCCGGCGCGGGAGCGACCCUGCCUACCUGGACGGCCGCUGCGCCGAGGUUGUGCUGCCGACGGGCCGCGUGGUCGGCACGUUUGGCACCGUCCACCCGGAGGUGCUCGCCAACUUUGAGCUCGAGUUCCCGACGUCGGCCGCCGACAUCGACCUGCAGUACUUCGUGUGAGGCCCACAGCGCCCGUCCGCGCGCGAGGGACGCGAGCUCGUGAGCUCACCAGCGCCCGCACCUCUCCCCCUCUCUCCUGACUCCUGUCGCACGUCUGCCCGCCUCACACCUCUCGUCUGCACGUGGUGGUAGAUGCCCGCUGAAGUUUUCUGUAUACACCUCGUAGACUG